GGAAGCGGCCUGCAAGCCGCCGGCGGUGGACGUCGCCGAGGCCCGCGAGCCGCGCCUGCAGGCUUUUUGAGGUCUGGGGAAAGGGUCAGCCCCGUGGGGACCUGCAGCUCCAGGGAAGAUGGUGCGGAUCUUGGCCAAUGGGGAAAUUGUGCAGGAUGACGACCCCCGUGUGAGGACCAACACCACUACACGCAGUAACAGCAUUCGACAGAGUUUUCUCAACAGGGGCCAAGGUACUCCCCUGGGAGGCCCCAGCCCCCGCCAGCAGCAGGCGGGUGCCAGGCUGGCUGCAGCACAGUCCCCCUUCAAUGACCUGAAUCGGCAGCUGGUGAACAUGGGUUUCCCCCAGUGGCAUCUUGGGAACCAUGCUGUGGAGCCAGUGACUUCCAUCUUGCUCCUCUUCCUGCUCAUGAUGCUUGGCGUUCGUGGACUCCUGCUGGUGGGCCUCGUGUACCUGGUGUCCCACCUGAGUCAGCGGUGACCUCGGGGCAGGCGUGGGGGAGAGGGAGGUGCUGGGCCUUGGUGUGAGAGCAGGCACACGGGGACAGGGACAGGGUCUGGUGGUACCUUGAACGUGCUCAGAGAAUGUGUUUCCACAUUGUGUUAAGCGUGAGGCAGAGGGGUCUUCUAGUCUAGCCUUUCCAAAGUAUUGGGUGGAUACCCUCUUUCCCUUGUGGUGUUUUUAGGUAGUGUUGGGCCUGCAUUAAGCACAAGGUUGGAGCAAGAAAAGGGUUCCCUUUUCAAUUCUCUUCCAGUCUUUUUAUGCCAAGAAGAAAGUCUCAGCUUGGUGCCAAUAUGUUCUAAUGCCUCUGGAACACGUGCUGAUGUCCCGUUCCGGGGAGCAGGCCUUGGGCUUAGGGCAUGUGGUAAAGUUUCCAGACUUUUAUAGCACCGUUUUGUUUUAAUGGUCUAUUUUUAUUGGCUAUCUUUUUAUUUAUGACAACUGGUACUGGCGUUCUAUCUAUUGUGGUGGUAUUUUCAAUAAAGAAAUUAAAAACGAAUCUGUGUAAGGACAUUCGU